UUUACCCUUUUCUGCGGGAGAAUGUCGCCGCGAAGAAGGAGAAGAGAAUCAAUCAAUGGAUAGAUAAGCCUUUUCAUGUCGGAAGACCAAGCCAAACCAGACCACGUUCCUUGCCAUCGGCCGCGUAAAGAUCCAAGACAGGAAGAAGAGGAAGAUCUCGCCGUUCGAUUUAGUACCCGAUUUUGACAUUUAAAGACGAACGAUACCAAGGCUACAUAAUUUUGAUAUCGAACAGGAACCGAUCUCCAUUCCCUUGGAUACCAAGGCAAUCUAGUUGAAGACUAGACUCGUCAAUUAGUUUAUCCGAUCAAUGGGGGAAAAGAUGUUAUAGCUGAGCUAAUGAAUUCCUGUGCUAGAAGAGAUUUUAGAUGACUGUGUUAUAAAAAUAUGGUCAAGAAAGGGUGUGACCAACUGUUGUUAAAUAAGAUGGAUUCUGGAGACAUGAACCAUAUUCAGGAAGAUAGCAAUAAUGUAGCUGAUGUAGUAGUUGAAAACAACACGGAUGGAGCAAAUUCUAAAAAUUCCGCAGGGAUAAUGGGGGAUUCAGAUUUUGAACCGCAUAAUGGUAUAGAGUUUGAAUCGCACGAGGCAGCAAAUUUGUUCUACCAAGAAUAUGCCAAGUCAAUGGGAUUCACUACUUCAAUUAAAAACAGUCGACGCUCGAAGAAGUCGAAAGAAUUUAUCGAUGCCAAAUAUGCAUGUUCUCGAUAUGGAGUGACGCCUGAAUCAGACGGGGCCAGCUCAAGACGACCAAGUGUUAAAAAGACAGACUGCAAAGCCAGCAUGCAUGUUAAGAGACGGAAAGAUGGGAAGUGGCAUAUUCACGAGUUCAUUAAGGAGCAUAAUCAUGAGCUUUUACCAGCACUUGCGUAUCAUUUUCAAAUUCGCAAGAACGUUAAAUUAGUCGAGAAAAAUAAUAUUGACAUCUUGAAUGCUGUUAGUGAACGGACGAGAAAGAUGUAUGUAGAGAUGUCUAGGCAACAUUGUGGACAUAAAUCGGUUGGUUUGACCAGGGAUAGGGAAAAAGGCCAAUAUUUGGCACUUGAGGAAGGAGAUGCACAAGUUAUGCUAGAGUAUUUCAUGCAUGUCCAGAGAGAAAAUCCCAAUUUCUUUUAUGCAAUAGACUUGAAUGAAGACCAACGUUUGAGAAACUUUUUCUGGGUUGAUGCUAAGAGCAGGAAUGAUUACACCAGUUUCAACGAUGUGGUGUUUUUCGAUACCAGCUACAUCAAAGGUAGCGAUAAAAUGCCGUUUGCUCCUUUUAUUGGAGUCAAUCAUCACCUUCAACCGAUACUGCUCGGGUGUGCUUUGGUAUCCGAUGAAAACAAAUCAACAUUCGAAUGGGUAAUGAAGUCAUGGCUUAGAGCAAUGGGUGGGAAUGCACCUAAAUUGAUAAUGACAGAUCAAGGCAAUGCUUUGAAGGCAUCCAUCCAAGAAGUUUUCCCUAACUCGCGCCAUUGCUUUCAACUCUGGCAUAUAUUGGAAAAGAUUCCCGAAGCUCUUUCUAGUGUCAAAAGCCAUGAGAACUUCUUACGGAAGUUCUACAAGUGUAUCUUCAAAUCAUGGACGGAUAAACAGUUUGAUUUUAGAUGGUGGAAAAUGCUAGCCAGAUUUGAACUCCAAGACAACGUUUGGAUACUUUCGCUCUACGAUGAUCGUAAAAUGUGGGUCCCGAUUUACAUGAAGGAUACUUUCUUUGCAGGAAUGUCGACAACUCAACGAGCCGAAAGUGUUGGUUCUUUCUUUGAUAAGUACAUACAUAAGAAAAGCACUUUGAAGGAAUUCAUAAAACAAUACGGAGUGAUUCUCCAGAACCGAUAUGAGGAGGAAGCUGUUGCAGACUUCGAUACCUGGCACAAACAGCCUGCGGUUAAAUCUCCAUCGCCUUGGGAGAAACAAAUGUCGACUGUUUACACACACGCUAUAUUCAAGAAGUUUCAAGUUGAAGUUUUGGGAGUAGUCGGUUGCCACCCUAAGAAAGAGAGUGAAGUUGGAUCAGAUGUGACUUUCCGUGUUGAAGAUUGUGAAAAAAGCGACAGUUUUACUGUCACGUGGAAUGAGGCGAAGCUGGAGGUUUCUUGUUCAUGCCUUUUGUUCGAAUACAAAGGGUUUCUUUGUAGGCAUGCUAUGAUUGUCCUUCAACUACAUGGCUUUUCAAGUAUUCCAUCUCAUUAUAUUUUGAAACGGUGGACUAAAGAUGCAAAGAAUGGGCAAUCAAUUGCUAGAGUGGAAAACGGACGUACUAGAGUGCAACGGUAUAAUGAUUUAUGCAGACGUGCUAUUGAGCUAAGUGAGGAAGGAUCCCUGUCUGAAGAAAAUUACAAAAUUGCAUUCCGCACUUUUGUAGAUGCUCUUAAUAACUGUGUGAAUGUCAAUAAUAGAAAUGUUACAGAAUCUACAAGCAAUGCCCUUUCUAUCCGUGAAAUGGAGGAAGAAAACCAGGGACAUGUUGGGAAUAGAACAAUUAAAAGAAAAACAACCAAGAAAAGAAAGGUACAGUUGGAACCUGAACCCGUUGAGGAGGCUCAUGGCAGCUUGCCACAUAUGGACAAUCUAAGUUCGGAAGGAAUAACUCUUAAUGGCUACUAUGGGACACAACAGAAUGUACCGGGAAUGCUGAACUUGAUGGAACCACCACAUGAUGGUUAUUAUGUUAGUCCUCCGCAAGGCAUACAGGGGUUGGGUCAGUUAAGUAGUUCAAUAACUCCAGGUCAAGACGGUUUCUUUGGAACCCAACAAAGCAUGCAUGGACUGGUGCAUUUGGAUUUCAGACCAAAUACAAGUUAUGCUUACAGCUUGCAAGACGACGCUAAUUUGAGAAGUAGUCAGAUGCUGCAUGGUUGUGUGACGAGACACGAGACAUGAAUAGAACGUGUAUCUUAAUCUUAUUAUAUAAAAAACGGGAAAUAAACGUGAUUUUUCAAAUUGAAUUGGACAUUAAAUGAUGGGGCGCAAUUCAACUGCAGCAACAACAGCUAUCUUGAUGAAUGAAUGAAUGGAUGAAGCCAAAGCAAAGCUAACAUAUAAUAGUCUCCUUUUUUUAUUGCUUCAAAUGAAACAUACUGAACAAACAACAAAACAUACUGUAACAUUUUUUGUAAAGCUUUUUGUUCUUUGUUUGUUA